CGGGACGACCAGUACUAGCUAACCUGCACUGCAAUACAAAGCUGAUUCCUGCAGUCGAGAAGCAUUUUGGUAAGGUGAAAUCGAUGGGCACCGAGAGCACCGUACGGAGGGAACAUCGGCACUGGCUGGAGAUUGAAGAGGCUCCGCGGUUCAUAGCGGGGAAGAAGGUGGAGAAGCCGACCGGCGUCAAGCGGUGGAGCUGGGCGGUCAGUGCAGUGCUCACCGCCUUCGUGAUGACCGUGCCGGCCCUCGUCAUCCUCCUUGGUGGCGGGAGCAUCGUUGGAGCGCCGGCGGUUUGGGUUCAGACUGCCGUGGCCGGCUUACGGCAAGGAUCGAACGAUCUUUCCUUCUUGCACCGGAGGACAGCACACUACGACAGGCUCCUCGGCGGCUUGUUGGUGGACGGCUUUGACGUCGAAUCCUGCCACAGCAGGUACCAAUCCGCCAUGUACCGUCGACAUGCUGGCAGGAGACCCUCCCCAUACCUCAGCUCCAAGCUGCGCCGGCACGAAGCUCUGCAACGACGGUGCGGCCCGGGCACCGUCGCCUACAACAAGGCGCUGGAGCAGCUCAGGUCGGGCAAGAGCGGCGGCAUUGGCUCGCCGGAGUGCAAGUACCUGGUCUCCAUAUCUUACAGCGGUCUGGGGAACCGGAUCCUCGCCGCCGCGUCGGCGUUCCUGUACACGCUGCUCACCGACCGCGUGCUCCUGGUUGACCCCAGCAAAGACAUGGGCGAGCUGUUCUGCGAGCCAUUUCCCGACACGACCUGGGUUCUGCCGUCGGGCUUCCCACUGACAAGCUACACCAAUUUCAGCGUCAGCACCGCCGAGAGCUACGGGAACUUGCUGAAGAACAGUGUUAUCAGAAGUGACGUCGGGGACAUGUCUACGGCGCAGCUUCCGGUGUUCGCGUACGUCCAUCUCAACCACGACGCCACCGACCACGACAAGUUCUUCUUCUGCGACGAGGACCAGAGGGUGCUACGGAACAUCCCGUGGCUGGUGAUGAGGACGGACAACUACAUCGUGCCUGGGCUGUUCCUGGUCAUGGGAUUCCAGGAGGAGAUCGGCAGGCUGUUCCCGGAGCCGGACACCGUUUUCCACCACCUCGGGCGCUACCUAUUCCACCCGAACAACCACGUUUGGGGCCUCAUCACGCGGUACUACGACUCCUACCUCGCGACGGCGCAGCAUCGGGUCGGCAUCCAAGUUCGCGUCUUCGGCAACCAGCCGAAUUCGCCGGAGCUCCUGGAACAGAUCACGAAGUGCACGCAGAAGAAGCGACUGCUGCCGGAAUUACUCACCGGGGUACAGCCCGUCGUGUCGGCGCCUACCCGAAAGUCCAAAGCCGUUCUUGUGACCUCCCUCAAGUCCUGGUACUACGAGAAAAUGAAUAACAUGUACUGGGAGCACGCGGCGGCCACAGGGGAGGUGGUUAGCGUGCAUCAGCCGAGCCACGAGGAGUUCCAGCGCUCCGGCGCAAAGUCGCACGACACCAAGGCGUGGGCCGAGAUAUACCUGCUGAGCCUGACGGAUGCGCUGGUCACAACCGGCUGGUCGACGUUCGGGUACGUGGCGCAGGGGCUCGGCGGCCUCAAGCCGUGGGUAAUGUACAAGCCGGACAAUGGCACCAUAGUGCCAGACCCGCCGUGCGGCCGGGACGUGUCCAUGGAGCCGUGCUUCCACGCGCCGCCGUUCUACGACUGCAGGCAGAAGCGGUGGGCGGACACCGCGAAGAUCGUGCCGCAGGUCCAGCAUUGCAUCGAUAUGGGCUGGGGUUUGAAGCUUGUUCGUAGUAACUAGCUGGAAGGUGGCGUGCGCAAAUAGCGUAGUUAGACGUGACACAAUAUCAUUUUUAGUAUUGGACUUUUAUUUCUUUCAUCUCUAUCAACAA